GGCUACAGUAGCCGCGCGAGGACUACAUCUCCCGGGAUGCUCCUUGGGCCCUCCGCGGAUGGUCGUGAAUAUGUAUCAGAAUGUUAAUGAUUAGCUGCUGCUAAAUUUGGUCAAAGAAGUCACCUACACAGAGCGCGUUGUUAGAGCUGUUCCGAGCGGGCGUUCGGCUGUUGGCUGCCUUCUUCCCCCUCUUACACACUCGUGUAUUAUUUUGAGGUGGUGUUCGCAGAGUUUGAAAGAGAAUUUUAAAAAGCCGCAAGCGUUUCGCUCUUUUAUUUUUAUAAUCCCCUUCAAUUUGGGGCUAAAAAAACAGGAAGGAAGAAAAGGAAAUGAAAUGUGGUAAAAGAAGCUAAAAGGUGCCUUUUAAAAGAUCGUUGCUGUGAAGUGAAAAAAAUCUCCAGAGAACCCCCAAGCGCCGCGAGACCUCUUCCGAACCAAAGGAGUUUGCGCUCGCUCUCAGGGAAGAAGCGACCAUUCAUUCCGAGGAAUAGCAGCCAAUUAAAAGACAAAUAAAAAAAGUUUGGAGUGGGGCGCGAGCAGGCGGGCGGCGCUCGGCGGGCGCGGGGCUCGGCGGGCGCAGGACGGACGGUGCCCGCCGCCCUCAGUGACGCCCGCGGGGAAUGCGGAGCCGGCCGCCCGCGCCCAGCCGCCGCGCCUGCCUGCCGCCCGCGUCACGCGAGACCCGCAGGCCCGGGACGCCGCCGCGGGGCCCUCGAAGCGGAUGAGCCGCGCGCCUCUGCCUGGCGCAGCCAACUAAAGCGGCGUGGAUGAUUCGCGACCUGAGCAAGAUGUACCCGCAGACGCGCCACCCGGCACCGCAUCAGCCUGCUCAACCCUUCAAAUUUACAAUUUCAGAAUCCUGUGAUCGGAUUAAGGAAGAGUUUCAGUUUUUACAGGCUCAAUACCACAGUCUGAAGCUGGAAUGUGAGAAGCUGGCCAGCGAGAAGACAGAGAUGCAGAGGCAUUAUGUCAUGUAUUAUGAAAUGUCCUAUGGGUUGAACAUAGAAAUGCACAAGCAGGCAGAGAUUGUUAAACGACUAAAUGCUAUCUGUGCACAGGUCAUCCCUUUCCUGUCCCAAGAGCACCAGCAACAAGUGGUGCAGGCUGUGGAACGGGCCAAGCAGGUGACCAUGGCAGAACUGAACGCCAUCAUUGGGCAGCAACAACUCCAAGCUCAGCAUUUAUCACAUGGACAUGGUCUGCCUGUGCCUCUGACACCACACCCUUCAGGGCUUCAGCCCCCAGCCAUUCCACCCAUCGGUAGCAGUGCAGGACUUCUGGCCCUCUCCAGUGCACUAGGAGGUCAGUCUCACCUCCCAAUUAAGGAUGAGAAAAAGCAUCAUGACAAUGAUCACCAAAGAGACAGAGACUCCAUCAAGAGCUCUUCCGUAUCCCCAUCUGCCAGUUUCCGAGGUUCUGAGAAACAUAGGAACUCUACAGACUAUUCCUCAGAGAGCAAAAAGCAGAAAACAGAAGAAAAAGAAAUUGCAGCUCGCUAUGACAGUGAUGGUGAGAAGAGUGAUGACAACUUGGUAGUGGAUGUGUCCAAUGAGGAUCCAUCUUCCCCUCGAGGAAGCCCAGCGCAUUCCCCAAGGGAGAAUGGCCUGGACAAGACACGCCUCCUCAAGAAAGAUGCCCCCAUCAGCCCCGCUUCUGUUGCAUCUUCCAGCAGUACUCCUUCCUCCAAAUCCAAAGAGCUUAGCCUUAAUGAAAAGUCUACUACUCCUGUUUCAAAGUCCAAUACCCCUACUCCACGAACUGAUGCACCUACCCCUGGCAGUAAUUCUACUCCUGGACUUAGGCCUGUACCUGGAAAGCCACCAGGUGUGGACCCCUUAGCAUCAAGCCUGAGGACCCCGAUGGCUGUACCUUGUCCAUAUCCAACCCCCUUUGGGAUUGUGCCCCAUGCUGGGAUGAACGGAGAGCUGACCAGCCCUGGAGCCGCCUAUGCUGGGCUACACAACAUCUCCCCCCAGAUGAGUGCAGCAGCUGCAGCAGCCGCAGCAGCAGCUGCCUAUGGAAGAUCGCCUGUGGUGGGAUUUGAUCCACACCAUCACAUGCGAGUGCCAGCAAUACCUCCAAACCUAACAGGCAUUCCAGGAGGAAAACCGGCAUACUCCUUUCAUGUUAGUGCCGAUGGCCAGAUGCAGCCUGUCCCUUUUCCCCCUGAUGCCCUCAUUGGACCAGGGAUUCCCCGACACGCUCGACAGAUCAACACUCUCAACCAUGGGGAGGUGGUGUGUGCAGUGACCAUCAGCAAUCCCACAAGGCACGUGUACACAGGUGGCAAGGGCUGUGUUAAGGUCUGGGACAUCAGCCACCCUGGCAACAAGAGCCCGGUCUCUCAGUUGGACUGUCUGAACAGGGAUAACUACAUCCGUUCCUGCAGAUUGCUCCCUGAUGGUCGCACCUUAAUUGUGGGAGGGGAAGCCAGCACACUGUCCAUCUGGGACCUGGCAGCUCCAACCCCACGCAUCAAGGCAGAGCUGACGUCCUCAGCCCCUGCCUGCUAUGCUCUGGCCAUCAGCCCCGACUCUAAGGUCUGCUUCUCAUGCUGCAGCGACGGCAACAUCGCAGUGUGGGAUCUGCACAACCAGACCCUGGUGAGGCAAUUCCAGGGGCACACAGAUGGAGCCAGCUGUAUUGACAUUUCUAAUGAUGGCACCAAGCUCUGGACAGGUGGUUUAGACAACACUGUGAGGUCCUGGGACCUUCGUGAAGGGCGGCAGCUGCAGCAACAUGACUUCACCUCUCAGAUCUUUUCUUUGGGCUAUUGCCCAACUGGAGAGUGGCUUGCAGUGGGGAUGGAGAAUAGCAAUGUGGAAGUAUUGCAUGUCACCAAGCCAGACAAAUACCAGUUGCAUCUUCAUGAGAGCUGUGUGCUCUCACUCAAGUUUGCCCACUGUGGCAAAUGGUUUGUAAGCACUGGAAAGGACAACCUUCUGAAUGCUUGGAGGACACCUUAUGGGGCCAGCAUAUUCCAGUCCAAAGAAUCCUCAUCGGUGCUUAGCUGUGACAUCUCUGUGGAUGACAAGUACAUUGUCACUGGCUCUGGGGACAAGAAAGCUACAGUUUAUGAAGUUAUUUAUUAAGGACAAAUCUUCGUGCAAACUGGACUCCUCCUCAUAGCACUUUGCGCUGUUGUACUUUUCUGUUCACCCCUCUCCCAUUCUAAAACCAAGGAUUUCCAAUACUCAUUGCAGUUGUGGAGUUUAAUCCCCUUCCAUAGCCCCACUUCCUCCUUGCUAUUGAAUUGUGAAUACUCAAUAAGAACCUGUGAUACCAAAUCUUCAGCUAUCGACUUGGAAGAACAAGGAAUACCUAACAGUGAAUGGAAUCUUUAAUUAUGUAUUAUAUCUGUAAUAUAUUUAUUUUGUUUAAAGAAGGCUUUCUAACAAUGACUGACUAAAUAAAGCUGUCCGCUCCUGCAUUGAUAAUGAAGGUGCAUUGUAUUUGAUGCUCCACCCCUCCCUUUUGGUAAGGGAGGGGAAAGGAAGGUUUAAAAUAACUGAUUUAAAUGUCACUAAAUGUAGACUAUUGACUGUAUAGAGAUGUGAAAUGUAUAAUUACACACGGAAGCAAUAUGUUGCUGUGUUGUUAUGAGGUUGUUUUGUUUUAUUUUCUACUUAUGUUAAAAACAUUUGGAAAUUUGGCUGUUUGAACAAGUAGAAUAUAACAGGCCAAGUAAUAUUCCUUUGAGUCUAUUUGGGCAACUUUAACCAAUAUGUCUGUAACUUUAGAUUACAUUCAACAAAAAUAAUUAGAUGUUUUUCUUUUUUCUUUUUUACUUGUUGACAAGUAUCUUUGUAAUAUGUUUUUAAUUCCUUUUUUAUUGUAUUAUAGACAGAUCAAAAAUUAAAUUGGGCCUCAAAGAGAGAACUUAAUUUCUUCUAAAUAUUUUUGCCAAAUUUCCUGGCAGAGGAAACUGUGUGUCUCUGGGCAGUUGUGAUGCUGUGAGACAUGGCAGGCUCUUUUAUGUCAUGCUCUUUAGGAGCUGUAGGUACGGGAGGACUGCUUGUCUACCGCUGUUCAAAGCAAGUCUUACACACACACACACACACACACACAAAGGCCAGCAGAGGAGUAUUUACAGAGCCCACCCUCUGAAAGCCACAAAGAAGAAACUCUCCCGGGAUGAUGGCUUGCUUUAUUUACCUCUGGUUCUUUCCAUGUCUUAGUUGGAUGUCCCUGUAAAGGACACAGGCUGUGCCAUUGUGCCAGAAACAUUGUGUUAUCUUUUAUGUUGUUGUUGUUGUUGCUGUUAAACUAUAACAUGUGACUCCUUUUUUAUUAUUAUUUUUUGUUUGAAUGCUUUAAAAAGAUCUUUUAAGUCUGUGGAUCUGCUGAUGUACAGUGCCUUUGCUGCUAUGGAUCAAAAUCAAGAACUGUGUAGAUAAACUUUAUUGUAUAAGUAGAAAAAUCACUUAAUUUCAUACUAGAAAUGGAUGGAUGCUGCAAGUUGAAAUGGACUGUCAUUGACGUUCUUUGUGUGGUAGCAAAAAAAAAAUGGUGUCUUAAGUGCUUAGUGUUUGAUGUCAUUAACAGUUUCAUAAAACUCUACAGUGUAGAAAGAUUUUGAUACUAAACUGUGCAUUGUACAUAGUUCUAACGCAUUGUAUUGGCCACCAGUGCUUCUAUGAUGGUAGAUUGUUUGUGCAUUCAGACUUUUAAGCAUUAAACAUAAAUAACUUCUAGAAUG